GAAAACACCAACGGUGGAUUUACCCUCCUACAACAUCAUCAUCGUUGUAUUUUCCUUAGUCUAGAAAUUUUCAAAAUAGUACAAACAAUCGAAGCGGAGCUAGUCAAAUUCAAAUUCAAAUUCGUUGUUGUACCAUUCUUCAUCGAUCUAGGGUUUCCUUCUUCUUCAAUUCUUCAAUGGCGUCUAAUUCGUAUGGAGGUUCCUCUUAUGGCGGUGCCGCUGCUUAUCGAUCAAGAGAGGGUCUAAGUACGAGAGCAGUGGGUGGUUCUGAUGAAAUUCAAUUGCGAAUCGAUCCUAUGCACGCCGAUUUCGACGACGAGAUCAUCGGUCUCCGAACCCAAGUUAAAAAACUCAGACACGUUGCUGAAGAGAUAGGGACAGAAGCAAGAUUUCAGAAAGAUUUUCUUAAUCAGCUGCAAAUGACAGUACUCAAAGCUCAAGCAGGGGUGAAGAAUAAUGUAAGGCGAUUGAACAAGAGCAUAAUCCAGCAUGGCUCCAACCAUAUCGUUCAAGUGGUUGUUUUUGCUCUAAUUUGUUUCUUCGUGGUUUACUUUUGGGCCAAGAUGUCCAGAAAGUGAGGAUCAGCAGCCCUGCUGUGAGAGGAACACUCCAUGGAGCGGGCACUGGAGAUAACCCUUCCUGCUGCUGACCUGUUGCUUCAAAGAAGUUCAAUUGAAGAGUUUUAUUCUGGACCACACAAAUUUACAAUAGUUCUGCUGUAAUUUGUAAAGUCUUGUCAUGUUCUUGUGACUUGAAAGAGGACAUCUUUGACUAGGUUUUAGAACAAUAGUGUUAUUAGAUGUGGAGAAGGAAAGGAUAUUACUGCUUAUUGAAUGUUACAACUUACAAUAGUAUGCCUAACUUUUGUGAAAUGACCUUUGUAUAAAAGAAAGCAUUCUUUUAUCCAUAUUUAAGCUUCGCUUAUUGAGUGGUGCA